GUCUGGGAACUUGUCAACUGCAUGCACCAAGAUGAGGUCACAGGUAUUAUAAGAAAAGAAAAAAACAUCUUGAGGCUUGGAGAAUAUUUAUAUAUGAAACAUGGUCAUGAUUAUACCAAACAUUAAUACAUUCGACAAAAAAUGCGCGAAGUUGGUAGGCUACUUAAGCAAUCCCAAAAAAUUGGAAAAUUAAAACAACUGGAAGACUUUUUUGUACCCAGCAACUUUAAUUUUGUUAUUGAUGCAGUCAGGCAGGUGGCUGGCUUUAAUGAAGAAACCAAUGUGUACAAGACGCCAUCUUUGGCAUUGAAACUUGGCCAUAGUCUGAAAAAGAUUGCAGACAUACUUGAAUGUAAUGCCAAAAUGAAUACGUGUGUGAAUGAAACAUUUCUGAAAGAUCUUGAAUGAAGCCGAAUGCUGUAUAACAAAAAGUGGGAUGUCUGCAUUUCUUCCCAUGCCCUGCAAACCCUUAAAGAAGCCAAAUGGAAUGCUCCUCAACUCCUGCCCUUUACUGAAGAUGUGAAAACUAUGCAUGAGUACAUUGAUAAAUGUCGACCCAAAUAUCAGCAGGACCUUAAGGAGGCUCCAAACAGGAAACACUGGACUAAAUUGGCCACAUUGUCCCUUUGCGAAAUUAUUAUUUUUAACCGAAGAAGGGAGGGUGAAGUGUCAAAGAUGCCACUUACUGCGUUUACCUCUAGAAAAAUGUCUGAGAUUCAUUCCGAUCUAGCUGUGGGACUUUCUAAAUUGGAGCAAAAGCUCUGUCAACAUUUUCAACGACUUGAAAUAAGGGGGAAAAGAAAUAGGAAGGUGCCCCUGAUUUUAACACCAGACAUGAUUACGUCAAUGGAGAUCUUAGUGGAGUACCGACAGUCUUCCUCAAUCUUUACUGAUAACCCAUUCUUCUUCUCAAGGCCUGAUGCAAACACACAUCUAAGAGGAUCAGAUGCCAUCAGACAGAUAGCAAAGGAAUGUGGGGCCAAGCAUCCCGAAACACUUUCUUCCACAAAAUUAAGGAAAUACAUAUCCACCUUAUCCACUGUUCUCAAUCUUAAAGACAAUGAGAUGGACAUACUUGCCAAUUUUCUUGGGCAUGACAUUCGUGUCCAUAGAGAAUACUAUAGACUACCAGAAGGCACCCUGGAAUUGGCUAAAGUCAGCAAAGUUCUUCUGGCUUUAGAGAAGGGUAGACUGUCAGACUUCAAGGGCAAAAGUCUCAAUCAAAUUCAGAUUGAUCCAAAUGAGGAACUGGUGGAGGCUGAUGCUGACCUUUCAGAGAUGGAGGAGGAGACCACUUCACACGAUUCAAGCUUUCAAAGUGAAACGCUAAAUGAGGGCCCUCAUGGUGACCAUCAGACAGAGAAAGUGAUGGAGGCUGACAGUGACCCUUCAGAAACAGAGGAAGGUUUGAAGAAGACUUCACCAGGUCAGUGUUUUGUUUAG